UAGUUAGAGAGAAACAAGAAGAGGAAGAAGAAGAAGAAAGCGAGACGAUAUUAAAAGAGAAUUGAAAUCGAAAACCAAAUAACGUCUCAGAAACUCGAAAAGCUUUUUUGAUUCUUCGAAAGCUUUUCUCUCCUUCUCACUCUCCGAGACCAAUCUGAAGCCCUAGCCCCAUCCAUUAAUGGCGUCCUUAUUGCUUCUCAAGCAAUCUCCGUGAGCGUUUCUCCGUCGGCGACACCGGAAAUGGCCGAGAAGCCGCCGCCGGCAAUACACAUCGCGUCAUCCCCGUCGGCUAGGGUUUCGGGUUUAGUUUCAGUUUGUUCUCGGCGGAGUCCGACCUAGAAGCGUUUGGCACCGUCCGAUCAAUCGAAGGAGGGGGAAUCUUUCUCGUAUCUAGAGGCAGGAGCAAGCCGGGGCCGUCGGAUCGUCGCCGUAAUGGCGAAAGGAGGGUUCUUCCUCGAGAAGCUUCGGAGGUGCGUACGGACGGUGUUCUUCAUGGUGACGAUGUUGGUUUCGCUGCUGGUCUCGUCAUUACCGGUGCUGGUGGCUAUAGGCGACGUGUUGGUGCCUUGCGUUCUGAUCUCGAGUUUUACAUGCGUCAGGUGUUAUGGUUUCAAAGAGCAUUUGAAUCGAUAUGCCUUCAAGAGCUCUCUCACCGAUAUUCCUCUCGUCUCUGUUAUUAGAUCUCUCAUCAUUACUUGUGUUUAUUCUAUGUGUGAUGGCCCUGCUCUAUCACACGGUCCAUAUCUUGGAACUGUGUCUAUAUGUUCCUUCGCAUCAAUUCUUCUUCUUUCAGUUAAGGCUUGUGUUUUUACUGUAAAUUCUCAAAUUGAGGCAGAAGCUUCAUCUUCCCCCUCAAGGCGGAGGCUCCACCUUAAGAAGUCAUGGGGUAUGCCUGUCUUGUUUCUCUCAUCACUGGUUUUUGCCCUUGGCCAUACUGUGGUGGCUUAUAGAACAAGUUGCAGAGCAAGGAGAAAGCUCCUAUUUCACCGAGUUGACCCUGAAGCGGUCCUCUUGUGUAAAAAUGUUUUUUCUGGCUACCAGAAGGUCCCACGAUCUCCCACUCCCUCUGGGGGUAAAACCCCGAAAAGUGAUGGUGAAACAAAGCGGAAGCACUUUGGGGUUGCUCGUGAUGAAGGGGAACUUCCGGUCAGAGUACUUGCAGAUGUUGAUAGCUUAUUCAUCCAAUGCCAAGGGGUUACGCUCCAUUACAAGCUUAGUUUGCCUGGUUCUCCGCUUCGUUCCUUAUCGUCCACUACGUUUCUCGAUUCUGAUCCCAGUGGAAGGUCCUCACAAAUUGCUAUGGGAAGGCCAACACCUGAUAAGCAUCUGUUACAUUUGUUUUCAAAAAGCCAGUAUAAUCUACAUCGGAGCUAUAGCAAUCAAUUUCAGAGCUCAUCUUUGUAUGCUCCACUAUUGGAUGGCUCCACGACUUCUCCUGUUCUUUCCGAAGAAAUUCCUCCCUUGAGCCUAGAUGCUGGUAAAGAGGACGAAGUGCAUAAUAUGAAUUCCCCAACUUUGGAGAAGGAUUUGGAAGGAGAUGGACAGUUUGGUAUUGUUUUAGUGCAUGGUUUCGGUGGAGGAGUUUUCUCAUGGAGACACGUGAUGGGGGUUCUGGCUCGGCAGGUUGGUUGCAGAGUUGCUGCUUUUGACAGACCUGGCUGGGGAUUAACCUCAAGGCUACGUAGGGAGGAUUGGGAGGAAAAUGAAAUGCCUAAUCCUUACAAGCUUGACAGUCAGGUUGAACUGCUUCUUUCUUUCUGCGCUGAGAUGGGUUUUUCCUCAGUGGUCCUUGUUGGUCAUGAUGAUGGAGGGAUUCUGGCUUUAAUGGCUGCACAAAAAGUUCAAGCAUCUUUGAAUUCUUUCAAUGUUACAAUUAAGGGGGUGGUCUUAUUAAGUGUUAGCUUGUCAAGAGAGGUGGUUCCUGUCUUUGCAAGAAUUUUAAUGCGUACAUCACUGGGGAAAAGGCACCUGGUGCGUCCUCUACUGCGAACAGAAAUUACUCAAGUGGUGAAUCGGCAUGCAUGGUAUGAUGCUACGAAGUUAACGACAGAGGUUUUGAGUCUGUAUAAGGCUCCUCUUUGUGUAGAGGGAUGGGAUGAAGCGCUUCACGAGAUUGGUAGACUGUCAUAUCAGACAGCCCUUACUCAGCAAAAUGCAAUAUCUUUGUUGAAGGCAGUUGUAGAUUUGCCUGUGUUGGUAAUUGCAGGUGCUGAAGAUGCCCUUGUCCCUCUUAAAUCUUCUCAGGCUAUGGCUUCAAAACUUGUAAAUUCUAAACUGGUUGUGAUUUCUGGAUGUGGCCACCUUCCGCACGAGGAGUGCCCGAAGGCAUUGCUUGCUGCUAUAUCACCCUUCAUAAGCAUACUUUUACUAAAACAAUGCUCACAAAACCAGUAGCGUAACUUCUUUUGACUUAUAAGUAGGGAUUUAUCGGUUGUAGGGCGGGUUUUCCUUUUCGUUCUUCUUUCUCUUGAAGCAAUUUAUCCAAAGAGCAAGAGAGUAGUGCCAUCUCUUCUUUUGGGUAUUUUUGAUGCGUUAGUUUGGGGCCUUACCCUCUAAUUCUCUAGGGUGUUAGCUCUUUCAUUGUAUUUUUCGUUUUUCUUUUCUUUUUUUUUUUUGGCCUUUCAUUUCUUUGCUUUGGAAUGUUUAUUCUCACCAAUUGUUAGUUCCACUAAAGUGGUGGAAUGGAAGAUGACGUAUAUUUUGUAGAUUUGAUCAGCUUUGAAAUGCAUGCAUUUAAACCA